AUGCUCAAUCUCUACACUGAGACUGCCUUCCAAGUGACUUCAGCGACCGCAGACUCAGUGGUACACCUCCGAGUUCCGAGAAAGAAUGGCUCCUAUGACAAGUCCAAAUCUUCUUCGACCCGAUCUGAGUCUGGCCGAGCCUGGAGAAAAGACCAACAAUCCUAUUCCUCCCAUGUCCUAGCCUCGCAAAGCUCGAUAUAUUUCCGGUCGUCCAAAACGUAUCCACGAACAUUCUAUUGGAAGGUGGUAAAUAAUGGAAGAGUGUUGCACAUACAAUGCGCGGAUUUUGCGAGAAGCGAAGCGGAUCUCAACGAGGCCUACUUUACUAUCCAGUUCGAGUUCCAGGAUCAGAUCAUCCCUCGAGGCGUAACGUUUGCCGAUUCGGAUAAUCUCGAUGAGAUCAGCGCCUUUGUUUGUACCGACAAAAAUGAGAUCUUCAACUUACGAGUGCCUACGAGUGCGUUCCGCGACACGCGUGUCCUCCAGAGCGAAAACCUCGGCCAGUGGUGCCAGCCGCUCGACAGUUCAACGCUUGGCAUAGAUACCGUCUACCGCAUUUAUGCCAGCACCCCUCUGGUUGUGGUAAUAUCAUUUGCUAGCGGAAGAUUACAGAGGUUGAAGAGAAGGUCUGUACAGGACGGCUGGGAACAGGAUAACUACGAUGACCGGUCAUGGGGCGCAUCGAUCAGAGGGCUCGUCAGGCGAGGGGGUUAUCACGCUAUCGAAUUUGGUUCAAUGCAACUGGAUCCGAGAACCGCCCAGGCUAUGGCCGUCUCUGCGGAUGGGGAUCUCCUCUUCACUGUAUGUCUGAACCAUACUUUGAGAAUUUGGAACCUGAACAACGGGAGAAUUGUUGCUACGAAAGACCUGCUGGGGGUAACCCGGGAGCCCAACGACAGAACCCACUUAAACCCGGCGGAAGACGCCUUCUUGCAGGUAUUCAGAGAUGACGAAGCGCUGAAAUUUCCCACUGUCUUGACUUAUAGUCCCCAAAAAGGUGGCCAUUUCAAAUUUUGGGACAUCAAAGGAAGCCUCACAGACUCGCUCAUUGUUGAAGACAGAUAUCCGGAGACGCCACUCAGCGCUCCAGACCCGGAUCCGUCAGGGAACACUGUCUGGUCUGUGGUUGGAUUCAAACUCGAUCCAGGCACUAAUUACGGUUCAGCUCAGCUCUGGGUGCUUUGGCGGAAUCACAACUACCACCAGCUGUAUAACUGUCAACUCGAAUUAGGCAGCUUGGCAAGCUCAUGGAAUUCAAGCUGGGUGAAAUGCGACGCAAAAGUGUCCGCUAAAACAGUCCCUCCGGAGUUUGUCAAAGGUGAUCAGCAAGAUCCAGCUUCCAAAUGGUUAGACUUCUUCUUCCAUCCUGGCCGCUACUCGGAGGCAGCCCUCGACACGGCAUUAUCCAUAUACGAGGAUGCGACUUCGGCGAAGUUGACCGCUUCUCAAAGGGAAGCUCCCUUGAGACAACGCAUGUGUACCACAGUGGCGGCUAGCAUCGCAUUGCGGAAGUAUGGUGAAUCGGAGAUGGACUUUGACCGAUUCUGCAUCGACACUGAUGCCCAAUGGCGCAACUUCUACAGAAUAGCUGAAAAUGUCAAUGACGACCGCAAUGCCCCGCUUGCACUGGCCUAUGAUGCAUUCAGCAAGAUGGUGUGGAUUACCAUGACGGACAAAUGCUGUGCGGUUCGGGAAUGCAGCAAGUUCGAACUCUUCCAACAGAAUGAACUUGGAGACAUAAAAGAUCUCGAAGCCACGACUGCUCGAUUAUGGCCUCACCGAAAGGUCAGUUCUGACGACGGAGAACCCUUCCUUGACCUGGCUAUCUUGAUCUCGGCAUCGAGAACGUUCAGGGAAUCGUUUCCUUCCGAUUUUGCUCAAGAUCUCGCCCUCGCUAUCGAAGAAGAUUUGUCGAUCGGGUCCGAUUAUAUGACCCCUACACGAACACUCAGUAUCUAUGAUAAUACAGGGUUUGGCGACGCUGUAUCGAAUGAUACUUUCGAAAGACUUCAGGCUGAUCUUUCUCCUUUGGGUGGCAUCUCCGCCCUGAACAACGAAACUUUUUUCGGGGUUUUGGACCUCUUCGCCCCUAAGAGUAGGAGAGCGAAAAGCGCCUUGAGGAAUACCGUGUUCGGAAAUUUUCUAUUGUCUGCUGGCGUGCUCGACUUUUUGUUCUCCCAAAAACAAGCGCUCAUGGAUCUUCUUGCUCUGGCGGUCUUUGUGGAGGGAGAGUUGAGUCAAGAGGAGGUGAAAUCGACAGUAUUUGACGCGUCUGAACUAUAUGACCAUAUUGCACCCCUUCUUCGGCUGUGUAAUCGCAAUCUGUGGCUAGCAUCGCACUCAAGAUUGGUCCCAUUGGAGAUCCUCGGCACCGAUGGAAACCCGAAUGCCUCUCGUCAACGCUCUGAUACUGGUGCUGAUGACAAAAGACAGGUUACCAUCAUGGAGGACACGCUAAGCAAAGCCGUCCGACCACAACCUGCCGUCGAGAAACCACUGAUGUAUCUGAUCACAGAUCAGCUGUCAGAGAUUGACGAUUGGGCUUCUGGAAAAGAUACAUUGGAUGCAGAAGAAGGUGCAGUCUAUCUCCAAUGUGACCUGCUUGUACAGGGUGAACUCGACCUUGCAACGGAGUUUCUACAAUACCAGCCCUCGACGUCCUGGUCAAGUUAUGUAAAAGGACGUCUGGCUACUGCGAAAGGCGAGUACGACGUGGCGGCGCAUUAUUUCCGGAAGGCAUCAUAUGGUCUAGCGUGCGGAAAAGCAGUUGGAAACCUGGUUGCCCUUUCAGCAGGGCUAUUGUCCAUUAUUGAAGCAGGGUAUUUCUACAACGGACUGCCCGUUUACCUGCAUCAUAUUACGAACCUUUUCGAGUCUGCAAAUGCAUACAACGAAGCGGCUCAGUUUGCUCAUUUGACGUUGGAAUCACUGCACACUGGACAGAAGGAACCACUUCCUAACUUCCGAGCCGAAGUGCUGUCGAGAUUGGUCACUGCAGAGCUCAAGCUAUCUAGGUUCGAUCGCGCCUAUAGUGCCUUGGUCCAGCUGCCUGACCAGGCAUUGCAGCGAUCAUCAGUGACUGCCCUGAUCAAUUCAAUACUGAGGUCGAGUGGAUCUGUUUUCGGACCUGAAGGCGUGGUACGGACCCUUCAGUCUCUUCCUUGGGCUAUGUAUCCUCAACUCGCACGACACAUGGAUUCAUACCUCGUUUCCCUCGCAAAAUCCCAGUUGGUGUCAUCGAGCUUGACUUCAGACAACGGCAAAGUCGACUAUCUCAGCAUCAUGCACUCCAUCCGCAUUUCUCAAAAGGACUAUCGUGGCGCGCUUACUGUCCUCUAUGACCGACUCAAGUUGAUCCGCAAGUCUGGGCGGGCUCGACAUGAUCCAAAAGCUACAGCAUUGAGGCAUGUCUUGCUUGCUCUCAUCAAUCUCAUGGCCUGCAUGGCACCGGACGAAGCGUAUAUUCUUGUCGAAACCGAGGACAGCAAGGCAGCUCGGAAUUUGACACACGGAGAAGACAACAACGUGCAAGACGAAGGAUUCAUGAUGAAGAUGAGCAAGCGACGGCGCGUGAUCAUCACGCUCGAAGACUUGCGGAAAGAAUAUCAGGCAAUUCUGGAUAGGUGUAGUCGGAUCGAGCGUGGAGAUUUCGGAUUUGAGAUAGAUGGGGACGAGGAGAGCGAAGACGAAGAGGCCGACGACAUGAUGGCGGAUCAAAGCCAAUCGAGAUUGAAUCUAUCAAAAAGUUCUUCGAGAAAUGGGUUCAGUGGUGGAGAGGAUGCAAUGGAAUAUUGA